AUGUGCUGUAACUUCUACGGGAGCUCCUGUGGCCGCUGUGGCUACGGCUCUGGCUACGGCUACGGCUCUGGCUAUGGUUGUGGCUAUGGCUCUGGCUAUGGCUGUGGCUAUGGAUCUGGCUACGGCUGUGGCUAUGGCUCUGGCUACGGCUGUGGCUAUGGCUCUGGCUAUGGCUGUGGCUACGGCUCUGGCUAUGGCUGUGGCUAUGGCUGUGGCUACGGCUCUGGCUAUGGCUCUGGCUAUGGCUGUGGCUACGGCUCUGGCUACGGCUGCUGUGGAUACCGCCCGUUUGUCUACAGAAGGUGCUAUUCUUGCUGCUAG